CACCUCCACUCAUGCACACACAUACAACCUUCCUAGGGUUGCUCCGUUCUAUCACCACUUGUUCUGUUAGUUGUGGAAGAAAACACCGUCGGACGUUUCCAGGUUUCUUCCAAACUGGAAAGCCAGCUGCACUUGUGUAGACUGGCGGCCCUGAGAAAGGAACAUAGCGAUGGCUGCUCCUACGGCCUGAACGGAACGACCUCGCCGAGACUGACGAGAUCCUGCUUGCUGAAUCCCGCCGUAUCCGAGUCCCCAAUCCAAAUCAUCCGAUAUAACUGCCCAUCACUACAAACAGGGAGAGCUCUCCGCCCCAAUUCUUCAUCAUGUUCGCCUCACAGACCAGGAGAAGCCGCACGAACAGCAUCGUCGUGGCGGUGCUCGUCAUCGUUUGCUUUUACUUGAUCCUGCAACUAUCCAACUCAGCUGUGAGACCCUUCGUGUGGUCCUCACCCGAGAAGAUGCCAUCGUACAAAAACUACACCUCGUCAUUCUCAUUUGACUUGGACAAGUCGAUACAUCCCGACUGGAUGGCCCGCGUGCCAGACCAGACCAGUUUGGCCAGCUUGUCGAUUCCUGGGACGCACGACACAGAAACCUUUGAUCUGGUGAACAACACCAAGAUGCAAUGCCAGAACCACGACUUGAGAACACAGCUCAGGGCUGGCCUGCGGUAUUUCGACAUCAGGGGGCGCAUGAUAAUCGACGAUGCUGCCGAAGGGAAGGCCGGGACCACAGAAAUUGGCAUCUUCCACGCGCAGGUCUACACCGGCUAUACGCUGGAGGACGUGCUGCUCACGCUUUUUGAAUUCCUUGCCCAGCACCCAACGGAGGGGAUCAUCAUGAGACUGAAAGAGGAAGGCCCCCCAGUGCGCAGGAAGCCCGGGGGGGUCUUUUACGACGGAGAAGAGGAGAAGGAGGAUGCAGACGACGCCACUGACAAGACAACAUUCGAGGAGGCCUUCAACCACUACCGUCUCAAGAAUCCCCGCACCGAGCCGGGCAGCACCAAGCAUCUGCUCACCCCGUGGCCGAGCCCGUCGGCCCCGGAGGGCUCUCCACUCCUGCCGACGAUGGCACAGCUGCGAGGCAAGGUCAUCGUCCUGUACGAGUUCCCAACCGCCCCCGGCACCGCCUACGGCGUGCCGUGGACAUCCCCGCGCAUCAGACUCGAGGACCUGUGGAUCAUAGUGGAUCUGGAGCACCUCGAGGACAAGUGGGAGGCGAUCCGGGAAGGCCUGGAGGCCGCCGGUGCCAGCCCGCCGGGCUCCGACGUGCUGUUCCUGAGCCACCUUAGCGCGAGCGUCGGGGUCACGCCCAUCGAGGCUGCGGCGGGCCCGCUGGAGGCUGUGAAUGGGUCCAUGAUUGAGGGCAUGAAUGACCGGACGGGUCGGCUGCUUGAGAGGAGUCUAGAGGAUGGCCAGAAGGGUAAGACCGGAGUCAUCAUGGGGGAUUUUCCUGGCCAGAGGCUGGUAGAUGCCAUCCUGGCAAGAAACGCUUGGUUGACGGGUUGAUGGUAGUUGAUAUUACGGGAUCGUCAGGAUUUCAUGCUUCACCACUGGCAUAUAUACAUAAAGAACAUCUCCAUGGGCUGGUUACAAGCGUAUAGAUGCAUAAAAGUCAUUUGGCUCGAAAA